CUUAAAACUGUUUGAUAGGCAAUUUUUGUGGAGUAAAAUGGAAAACACUGGCAAUCUACCCUCAUUGGAUAAUGAUUCUUUUGAUUGGAGGAGAUUUAUAAAACAGACUGUUUUGCGCACCCUGUGCUGGGUAUUUGCCAUUGUGGUUUUUGGAACCAUCUCAGACCAAGGCUACUAUAGCCCCACGAGUAAAGCAAAUGGCACCUGCAUGUUUAACAACAAUGAAUGCGCAUGCAGCUAUGCGGUGGGAGUUGGAGUCCUGGCCUUUGUGGCUUGUGUUGUGUUCCCCAUCCUGGACGUCAUCAUUUCAAAGAUCUCUAGUGCCACAGCGAAAGAUCGCAUUGUCAAAGGAGAUCUGGCCUUCUCCACGGCUAUGACCUUCCUGUGGUUCAUCUGCUUCUGUGUCUUGCUCAACCAGUGGACCAGAACUAACUCCGAAUAUGUCAUGGCCGAUGCUGCCCGAGCUGCCGUUGCUUUCUCCUUCUUCUCAAUCAUCACCUGGGCUGUUUUGGCGUACGUUGCAUACGGAAGGUAUAAUGUAAACCUGAACACCUGUGAGUGGCUGACUGCUUUAUUUCCCAGAAUCAUUGGAAAUGGAAAUUCUGAAUAGAUGUUCUCUCUCCCACGGUGCCCUCUGUACAGCAUAGACUUUGAUUGUUCAAACCCCACACAGGUGAGAUUUGGAUUCGAGGCAGCAAAUAUUAACUUUGAGACUGACUUUCAUCAGCCAAACAGAUUGGACUUGUAGGCUACUAAAAGUAAAACAAAAGGAGCCUGUCUGUGUUUGUUGUUUACUUACAGUUUACUUCAACCAUUUUCAACCAAUGAGAAGCUACGUCUGUAAAAGAUUUUCCAUUCGAUUAUUUAAAAAGUGUUCGGAUUAGAAAAAGCUCUGCUCUGUAACAAGACAUUUUUAAAUUGUACUACAGAAAAUGUGUGUUCCUCGUUAGUCAUGGUUAAAACAGACACUCGGCACUCCUCUGGCAUUAAACGCAUCACCUAUUAUCCCAGGCCUUGAACGUGUGAAUUAUGUGUUUUUAUAGGCAAACUAAUGUAUAAAUAACAUGUUUA